AUGGCACGCAGCGUCAUCCCCGUCGAUAAGGAUUGGCAGUUCCGCCAGGCCGACAAAGACGACUCCGAGUUCCUUUCCGUCAGCCAAUUCCCCACCAAUGUUCACCUCGACCUCAUCGCCCAUAAGAUCAUCCCCGACCCAUUCAUCGGCAAGAAUGAGCUUGAUGUCCAAUGGAUCGGCGAGGCCCAAUGGCUCUACCGCACAAGUUUCGCGUCCCCCAAGCUCAGCGCCGGCCAAAAGGCCGUCCUCGCCUUUGAUGGCCUCGACACCUUUGCCACUGUCAAGCUGAACGGCUCUACUAUUCUCGAAACGGACAACAUGUUCAUCCCUGAGCGCGUCGACGUCACUGACAAGCUCAACGCCGAGGGCAACAAUGAGCUCCAGAUUCACUUUGACAGCGCGUACCUGCGUGGCUGGAAGCGCGUCGAGGAGCACCCGGAUCACAAGUGGGGGUGCUGGAACGGUGAUAACUCAAGGCUCGCCGUUCGCAAAGCCCAGUACCACUGGGGCUGGGACUGGGGCCCGACGCUCCUGACAUGUGGCCCCUGGAGGCCCAUCAACCUAGAGAUUUACGAUUCGCGCAUCGUCGACCUUCAUUUUGACCAGACCAUUGACGACUCGUACAAGUCGGCCACGCUCGUGGUUCAUGCAAAGACCGAGGGCAAGGCCUCCAAGAUCCGCUUCGAAGUGUCUCUGGACGGCAGCUCGGUGGCCUCUCAGCUCGUCGACGCCUCUGAGACCGCUGAUGCCAAGGCCACCUUUGAGAUCAACGAGCCGGCCUUGUGGUACCCUGUCCGCUACGGCAAGCAGCCCCUCUACACUGUCAAGGCCACACUUGUCGACGGCCAAGACGAGGUUGACCACGUCACCAAGAACAUUGGUAUUCGCAAGGUCGAGCUGGUGCAGGACCCUCUGAAGGAGCAGCCUGGCACGUCCUUCUUCUUCCGCGUCAACGGCAUUUCCGUCUUCUGCGGUGGCAGCAACUGGAUUCCUGCCGACAACUUCAUUCCCCGUAUCUCCAAGGAGCGCUACCGUGCCUGGAUGAAGCUCCUGGCCGACGGCAACCAGUUCAUGGUGCGUGUCUGGGGCGGAGGUAUCUAUGAGGAGCAGGCCUUUUACGAUGUCUGCGACGAGCUCGGCAUUCUCGUCUGGCAUGACUUCAUGUUUGGCUGUGGAAACUACCCCGCCUGGCCCGCGCUGCUCGACUCGAUCAAGCGUGAGGCUGAAGAGAACGUGAAGCUGCUGCGUCACCAUCCUUCGAUCGUCAUCUGGGCGGGCAACAACGAAGACUACCAGUUCGCCGAGUCGGAGAACCUGACAUAUGACAUCAACGACAAGGACCCCGAUAGCUGGCUCAAGACGGACUUCCCCGCCCGUUACAUCUACGAAAAGGUUCUUGCCGACGUCUGCGCCAGUCUCAUUCCUGACACAUUCUACCACUUUGGCAGCCCCUGGAGCGGCGCUGACACGCGCGACCCCACCGUUGGUGACCUGCACCAGUGGAACGUCUGGCACGGCACGCAGGAGAAGUAUCAAAACUUUGACAAGCUCGUCGGCCGCUUCGUUUCCGAAUUCGGCAUGGAGGCCUUCCCGUCGGUCAAGACGAUCGAUGCUUUCUUGCCCAAGGGCCGCGACGACCCUGACCGCUACCCGCAGUCGUCCACAGUCGACUUCCACAACAAGGCCGAUGGCCACGAGCGCCGCAUCGCCCUCUACCUCGUGGAGAACUUCCGCUACGCCCCCGAUCCUCUUGAACACUUUGUGUACUGCACGCAGCUGAUGCAGGCCGAGUGUCUUGCGUCGGCCUACCGGCUGUGGAAGCGAGAGUGGCGAGGGCCGGGCCGCGAGUACUGCGGCGGCGCGCUCGUGUGGCAGAUCAACGACUGCUGGCCCGUCACAUCGUGGGCUAUCUGCGACUACUAUCUCCGGCCGAAGCAUGCCUACUACACGGUCAAGCGAGAGAUGGCGCCGCUGUCGAUCGGCAUUACGCGUCGCGAGCACAAGCACCCCAAGGACAAGUACACGCGGGUCAACAUUGACACAAAGACCAAGAUUGAGGUCUGGGGCUCGAACCUGCAGCUCGAGGACCUGACUGUCGAUGUCAUCGCCAAGGAGGGGCUCGUGCUGCCGAAGAACGCGUCGACCGAGAUUACCGACUUUGAGGUGCCCGUGCGGCACAAGGGGGAGGAGGGCCGCAUCGUUGUGGCGGCGUACCUCGUCGACGGGGAGGGCAAGCAGCUGGCGAGGUACGUCAACUGGCCGGAGCCGCUCAAGUAUCUGCACCUGCAGAAGCCCAAGCAGCUCGUGGCCAAGCUGGCGAGGGACAACACCGUCGUCGAAGUCAGCGCCGAGGUGCCGAUCAAGGGCCUGGCGCUCGAGUGCGAAGACGACGAAGUCGUCUUUGGCGACAACCUCGUCGACAUUGUCCCCGGUGAAGUUGUCGUCAUUCCCGUGACGGGGGCCAAGGCGGACACGAAAAUUGAGACGCGGUACCUGGGCAUGCUGGACUGA